GGGCCCUCUCCCCUCCGUCAGAGAGGCUAAAACGUCCACAGGACACUCCGUCUAUCCCUGUCUCUAUUCUAGAACCACUCCUCUAGCAUCAAUGCACACCUCUUGACAACUAUUCUGAGACACACACUCCCCCCACACACACACACACCCCUAUGUCUCUACGACAGGCGGCUAGUGGAGGCAAGCAAAGCUGAGUUGAUGUUCGACUGCCUGCGAGUCAACUCCAGAUCGUUCGUAGAUUAGAAAUAGAUCUGUCGGUGGAUUCCUCUGUUGACUUUUUAAACCGUUUGUCUUCCAACUGAUUGGCUCAGUGAGACAACGUUUAGGUCAGCCCAGCUAGCUGACUGCCAAAGGGAAAUCACUUUUUUUUUUUUUUUGUGCAUCAGAAACAGUACAAAAAGAUCACCUAGACUUUUAGAAGGUACAAGCUUUUUCUAGAUUCACCCCAACAACUUUUUCCCCAAGAACAUUUCCCGUUCCGAGGAGCGUCCAGUGAACGGUCAGCAUGUGGGAGUUCCGGUCCAUGGCGUUUUGGCGGGCGGUCUUCGCUGAGUUCUUCGGUACCAUGUUCUUUGUGUUUUUCGGCAUUGGCGCUGCGCUGCGCUGGACCACUGGGCCUCACCACAUCCUGCAUGUGGCGCUGUGCUUCGGCUUGGCGGCUGCCACCAUCAUCCAGUCCAUCGGCCACAUCAGCGGCGGCCACAUUAACCCGGCCGUCACUUUCGCCUAUCUGGUAGGCUCCCAGAUGUCCCUGUUCCGCGCUUUUUUCUACUGGGCUGCCCAGUUUCUGGGGGCCGUGGCCGGAGUCGCCGUGCUCUAUGGGGUCACCCCAAAAAACAUGAGGGGCAACAUGGCUCUCAACAUGCUGCAGCCUGGCAUCAGUCUGGGCAUGGGCACCACAGUGGAGGUGUUUCUGACCAUGCAGCUGGUGAUUUGUGUCUUUGCCGUGACGGAUGAGAGGAGGAACGGACGCAUGGGCUCUGCUGCCCUGUCCAUCGGCUUCGCUGUCACCGUCGGACACCUCAUGGGGAUGUACUACACUGGUGCUGGAAUGAACCCUGCUAGGUCUUUUGCCCCCGCUGUACUCUUCAGGAACUUUGUCAACCACUGGGUGUACUGGGUGGGUCCCAUGAUAGGAGGUGCUAUGGGCGCUCUUCUGUACGAUUUCAUGCUGUUUCCCCGCAUGCGCGGUCUGUCUGAGCGCCUGGCCACACUGAAGGGCAGCCGACCCCCCGAGACGGAGACCCAGCAGGACACCCGCGGGGAGCCCAUCGAGCUCAAGACACAAGCCCUAUAAGCCUGUCCCUAUCUGGGGACGAGGGAUGAGGGACAGGCCCUGUGUCGACCAACCCCCGUGCUGCCCCCAACCCGUCAACACACACACACUCACUCACACAGACUCACUAACUAACACACAGACACACACACUCACAUUGAGACACACUGACUAAACCUGCAGAUUCAGACAUGUAUUUAUACACAAACUGUACACACACCCAUACACAGACAGGUUCACAACCUUCAACCUCAACAUGCAACGAGACUCCUCUCCCUCCAACCUCACUCUGUAUACUGAAUUGGACAUUGUGUUUGAUAGAGGCGAACAGGGCCUGCUCCAACAGUCCCACUAACCUCCCCUCGUCCUCCUCCUCCUCAGCCACACCAAGUCUUCCCUUCACACAUCCACAUAGACGCAAGGACCAGACCUGUCACCACAGAUGCAUGUGGGUGAGGUGUAGGUGGGCACCCACUGGGCACAGACGUCAAUUCAACAUCUAUUCCCACAUUGGUUCAACGUUGAUUCAACCAGUGUUUGCCCAGUGGGGAUGUAGGUUUGGGUGGGGUAAGAGGUAAGGGCAUGGGUGGGCUUUGGGCAGGUGAGGGUAUAGGAUAGAGGGUAGGGGGUAGGGGUGAGGAUAGAGGGGCAACACUCCAGGUUUUUAGUCGGAUAGGGUUGUGUUAGAUCAGUAAAGAUGGGCAUGCUUUUUCAUUACGCAUCGGAUUUAUCGCUCUCAAUUUUUUUCAGUUGUUUUCUGCACUUCAGACACAAGACGUGGAUGUAUGAUACCAUUAGAUUUGACCAGGGUUUCAUUUUUCAAAUCACUUCAUUUUAUCUAUGUGUGUGUGUGUGUGUGUGUGUGUGUGUGUGUGUGUGUGUGUGUGUGUGUGUGUGUUGUUGAAUGUGUGUGU